CUGAAAUGUUGGCGUGGAGUGGCUGCGGCAUUCAGAAGUGAUUGCAUCCCUGCCAAAAAGAACAAAGCCACUGAGCGGAGCAUGAGACGUCGCUUUGCUCUGCAGACCAGCAACCAUGUCGAGGCUAAACGCAGGCGAGGGGCCCUGCUACAGCCACAUUCAGUUCGGCAGGAGCCCUGCAGCCCUUUUUCUCUCCCCGCACCCGUAGAAGGCACAGCCAAUGUGAACUGCAAGAGACGGGCCCUGGUGGCUCUUGUCCAGACCCUGUCCCACAAGCGGAGACCCAUCUCCCCAGUCCUGAUGGAAGAUGAACUGCUUUGGGAAAGACUGGGCUAAAGUUAGCCUCCCUGGAACGCGCUGCAUAGGAAACCUAGCCAGGCUACGUAAGAAGAUUGAUGUUGAAUGUGCAUCUGAGCAGCUCUCCUGAGACGUCGCAUCUGUUUGAUUUUUCCACAGCACAGUCCAUGGGCAGAGCUCACUAGGGGUGAGCGGGAAUAGACAGUCUCCUCGGCUCUAUAAAGCUGAGGUUCACAGGAGCACUCAACUGCCAGAGACAAAAGCAAGGUGAAGACAAAUGGGGCUGCUGUUGCCGGGACCAGCACCAGCCAUGGGGAGAGCUGGACACCAAGUCCUUAUCCCUUUCCUCUGGCUAGCGGCAGCACUCUCUGAGGAUCAGAACACCUGCCCAGAGGUGAAACUAGUUGGACUCAGUGGUUCUGAUAAACUCACCAUUCUCCAAGGCUGCCCAGGAAGUGCCGGACCACCUGGCCCCAAAGGCGAACCUGGAGAUGUGGGAAUGAAAGGAGAAAGGGGGGCACAAGGGAAGGCAGGACCAGCAGGAGCAAAAGGAGAAAGCGGAGUCCCUGGCACUACGGGCGCUAUAGGAGCAAAGAACUGCCAGGAGCUGUUGAGCAAGGGGCACACCCUGACUGGCUGGUACACCAUUUACCCCCGCGACUGUCAUGCCAUGGCCGUGCUGUGUGACAUGGACACAGACGGCGGAGGGUGGAUUGUGUUCCAGAGACGGGCGGACGGCUCCGUGGACUUUUUCCGUUCCUGGAACUCGUACAAAAGAGGGUUUGGGAACCAGCUGACAGAAUUCUGGCUGGGGAACGACAACAUCCACCUGCUGACGUCGCUCAGUAACUAAAUUGUGACUUCUUCUUUCUGGUGCUCUCCAUGCGGACUGGGAGGGACUAACCCUAGCCCUGGCAAGGAGACUGCAGAACAGCCCUACAACCCCCUGAGAGAAGACACUCAAUGGGGAAAGCCUUCAGGCCUGGCAGACAGCCAGCUCUUGGCCCCUAGUGCAUGGGGAAGAUUGGAACAGGCCAGACGUGGGUGGAGCCUGUUGCAGGAAUGGGAAGGCGGGUGGCCCAUGGUCUUGCAUCCUGGAUAAUCCUGCUGCAGAGUCCAGUCUUGAGACACUAACUACAGGCUGGGCCAUCUUUGGGGCAUCCCUGACCAGAGGUGGAGGCUGAAUUGCCCCCUGGCCUUUCCAGGGCUGGGGAGGGGAGCGCCCUCCAGCUCCUCUCUCUGUGCCGGGCUCUGCAUUGGCAGAGGGAUGAAUUGGGCCAGGCAGCGGUGGGUAAAUCACGCAAUG